AUGUAUUCAUGUUACUCAGGUUCUUUCUGGUCUCUAAACUCACGAAACUACUCCAUUUCAUGGACGUUUCGACGGCUUUUAAAGCUUAGGCCCAUUGCUUUGUCAUUCCUUCGGAUAGUGGUCCGUGGAGGAGGAGAAACUUUCUUCUGGUUCGACCCUUGGACGCCUUUUGGUAUCCUGAUUGAUUAUUUGGGGCUUUCGGGUCCUUCUGAUUUGGGCAUUCCUCUUGAUGCCCUUGUAUCAACCAUUACCAGCGGUUCAUCUUGGAUUCUAAGGCCUGCUAGAUCUGAUACACAAGUGAACUUGCAAGCGUACCUUACUACUUUUUCUCCAUCUCCAGGUUCAGAUUAUGCUAUCUGGAAAGUUGGGGAUCAUAUAUGCGCUAAAUUCUCUUCUAAAGCAAUUUGGAAGGCUACCAGAAUGCCUAAGCCUCUUGUUUCUUGGUGGAAGAUAGUUUGGAGCAAAGCCGUUAUCCCGAAGCAUCAGAUUACUUCGUGGCUGUUCAUACUUAACCGUAAUCCGACCAUGGACCGUUUACUAUCUUGGGGCUAUGAGUUGGUAAACUGCUGUCUCCUUUGUGGAAGAAGUCCCGAAUCAAGGGAUCAUUUGUUUUUUCUAUGCUCUUACUCCUCCAUGGUUUGGAAAGAUGCCAUACGCGUACUUGGUUUCACUAAUCCUCCAAUUCAGUGGGACGUUCUGCUUCUUUGGCUAUCUACGACUACACUGAAUCAUGUACAGCUUGCGGCAGUACUUCAAAUUUGGCAUGGAAGUAUCUAUGCUAUUUGGCAAGAGCGUAAUGCUCGUUACCACAAUGGUCUCACAAAAUCUCAUAGAUUGUUAUCUCGGGAGGUCAUCAAACAGGCUAAAGACAAGUCCACCGCUUUGCGUGGAUCUGAUCUUGGCUCUAGUUUGGUGGCGCUCUGGUCUACUAUUUAA